AUGUCUACUAGAGGUGCGUGCUUCUUUGAACAGCACUUCCUCUUUUCCAAUCGAUUAGUACAAUUUGUAUUGGGUCUACGUCCUAAUCAAAAUUCUAACGAUCAGCUUUUUCAGCUUUGUACAGUAAUCGCUUACGUAUUACCAAUUAUUAUUCAUCAGAUCUUCAUGACUGAUUUCAAACUUAAAACGACUAUGGAGUUGCGGAAAAUAGUAGGAGCUUUAGCUAUGCUUUCUAAUUACAGCGUCACUUAUUUUCACUUCGUAGAAGUCCGUAUUAUUUUUUUGUCUGAUGAGGAUGAAUUGAAUAUUAUGGAAAAGUAUACCAAACAAUCCAAAUCUUAUGUGUAUAUUGUAGUAGUAUCGCUUAGCCUUUAUGUUAUAUCAAUAACAUUUUCUUGUAUCUUAAAUGUUAUUCUAUAUCUAUUUGGUAAAUUGGACGAUAAUCAUUUAACAUUACCCAUACCCGUUAAUGUCUCAAAUGCAGGGUCACUAUAUUAUUGUCUGCUCAUUUAUCAAACAAUAGCAUUUUAUAUUGUGCUAAUAGUAGGAAGUGUAUGUUUUGGAGUAUAUUUGGUAGCUGUACAAUACGCUUGUUGCCAAUUCAAUAUUAUAAUAUCGAAAGUACGGAAACCGUUUAAGAAGCAUAUGAAAUAUAUGCAAAAGUCUUAUCAUAUCAAAACAUCUCAAGAGGAAUGGAAUUGGAUAGUCGAAAUUAUAAACUGCUAUAGAACAGUGACGGAGUACGUUGACACGCUUAAUUCUCUUACAAAGGUAACUUCCUUAAUUACAAUUUUUUUUGCGGUGAUCCUCGUUGUCUUUGAUUUUGUUUAUAUAUUUCAAGUAUCUAUAGAAUUGAAAAACGCAAGCGAAAUAAUCGAAUACAGCUUCUACAUUUCUGGCUCUGUAUUUACUAUAUAUAUUAAUUUUUACGUUGGGCAAAAGCUACUGAAUCAUAGCGAAGCUGUUUUCGAGGAAUUAUGUCAAGUUCCAUUCUAUAUUCUCUCUACAAAAACUCAAAAGAUGUUGUUAUUCGUGAUAAAAAGAAGCAUGAAGCCAUCCAUGCUUUUAAUUGGUGGAUUGUAUAUAUCGGCACAUCAAGUUUUUGCUCAACUGAUGGAAAAAGCAUUUUCUUUUGCAAUGGUUUUAUUGACUAAUAAGAUAAAGACUACAAUGUGCAGCUCAUUGGAAAAAUGA